CACAACAUGCACACAAACUACUGAAUGCACCGGAUAUGGUGGCAACUGCAGUAAGAUCCUGGAUGGGUGUUCGGGCAUUUCCUAUGACGCAGGGUGUGCAGCUUCAAAUUGCACUUGCUGCAUUGCUGAUAAUUCUACUUGCGUCACUCUACCUGCCUGCGGAGAUGCUGGCGGGUCGUGCAUUUCUCCUUCUGAAUCGGGCAACUGCACAGGUGUUCUCGACCCCAAUGGCUGCCUUGGAGACAGCUGCUCCUGCUGCAAGGGAGGUUGCGAUGAGACGAACAAGUGCACAGAUGCUGGAGGCUACUGCUUCCGAAAGGACGGUCCGUACGUGUGCCCCGGGAAGGUCUUCAAAUUCUGUGGUCAUGGGAACUGUAGCUGUUGCGUGGUUCCCCACGGGAACGGGAGUGGAGAGGAUUCAAACGAAAGUGGCUAACCUUUGCAACCAGAGGAGUGAGAACUGUCAUUGUCCCCUGCUAGACUGAGAACCAUUAAUUAAGAUUCCUAAUUUGAUUGAAAACAUUCUUUCCAUAAUCAUAAAUUAAAGAGUCAUAAAUAGAAGACUUUUGUUAUUUCUGAAAUGUUUUAUGAUUAUUCUGCAAAUAAAUUUAGCAUGCAAAA